UGUUCAUUACCAAGAUCUUUAUUUCAUUUGCUAACGAAAGAAGGAACUUUUAAAGGGUGAUUAAUCUUUAGCUGAGAGUUCUUAUUUUUGUAGCAUGAGGAAUCUAAAUUCAACUUAGCUCGAUAAUUAAUCUGUUUUUUUUUAUUGAUAUUUUUAGAUGGGUUUGUGAUAUAUUGUUUGCUGGGAAAAAAAGAGAGGAUUUUUUUCUUUUUUAAAUAGCGGAUAGGAUUUAUUUCCUAAAAAUGUUAGCAAAAAUAUUGUUGACGGUGAGGUUUUUGAUUGGGUUGAUAGUGAUUGUUGAGUUACCAAUGGAGAAGAAUAUUUUCUUUUAAUUUAAUCACUUAUUAUCUGGAUGUAUGACCCAAAAUGGACAGCCAGCUUUGACUUACACCUAACCCAUCUGUUUGGUUACUGAGAAAAUUGAAGAAUGUGAAGUGAAAGUAAGAGAUUUUUGAACCCUUCUUGUUAAUUUAUCCAAACAUACCUUAAUCAGGUCAAACAUUUGUAUCUCUUUAUUAGUUGUUGUUGCAUUUAAGUUUGUGGCCCUAAAUAACCAAAUAGUGAACUAAUUUAGCUUAUUUUUAUUUAAGUUUUGGCUUUCUUUUAGCCUUGAGAUGGAGAAUAAAGGCUAAAGCAGACAUUGAUAGGAGUUCACAGAAAGCAAGCACUAAUAUAAAAAAAAGACUUUGACUUUAUGUUUGAUGAUGCUCAGCUGGUCCAACAGGACAGUUGGAAUUGAUCAGAAAUCUUUUAACAUGAAUUUAUUCUUUUAAUUAUUUUCAUACUUUUAGAUAGAAACACCAAUUAGUGGAGUGGGAUUUCAAUGUUUCUAUAAGAAGUUGAUCACUUUUGGUAUGAUUGUCAUAAAUUUGUGAAUCAGUGUAUCUGUUUGAAUAAAAAUGUUAAUGCCAAUACAAAGAAUUGCACCGAUAGAAUAGUGCAGACUUUACCACAGAUUCGGUACUUAGAAGUUGAUAUUAGAUAAAAUGAAAAUGUGAAGCAAUUUCAUAGAUUGAAUUGUCCACUCCAAGAUGAGGUUUUAAGCAGGACUUCAUACCCAAAUUACAGCUGAGUCCUGUUCAAUUUGAUUGCAGUCAUUUUGGGAAGCAGUUAUAUGAUUCUGAAAAAUCUGAUGGAAGACAAGCAGUUGGAUUUUUAUCAGCCACUUCUAUCUGUCAGACGAUCUUCAACUACAGGGGCAACCUCAAAAGAUGAUAACAAAAGAAAAAUUGAAAAAUCAGUACCCCAAUUACCACCACUUCCUGUUUACAAAUCAGAACUAAAGUCAGGUCCAGUGAGGAAUCCGGGAAAGGUUCCUUUUGUAUGGGAGAAAACCCCAGGAAACCCCAAGGAUGAAAGAAAAUCUCAGACUAAGGUUCCUGAACGGCCUCCCAGUGUCCCAAAACUCCCACCUGGAAGGGUUUCAAAUAAGAAACAACAAGCUUCAGACAAACUUUCUAAAAGUACAAGUGUUCCUCAGUCCCUAUCUGCAAGUAUCCUUUCCAGUUCCAGAGAUGCCUCAGACCUGGAUAAAAGAAGUGAGAUUAAAGAUAAAAGAUCUAGACAGGGAAAGGAGGAGAAUUGUAGUUCUGGUUCAGAGGAUGGUGAGGAGGCCUAUGUAGACGCACUUGAUACACUCUCUAGAUCUGAGUCAUUUUUCAUGAACUGCAGCGUAACUGGUGUGAGUGGAUAUGAUGAUCCAGAUGUUAGGCCAUCUGGAACUGUCUCAACAGAUCCACAUACUCGGGAUUUUAUGAUGGAUCGAUUUCUGCCAGCAGCAAAAGCAAUGGCUUCAGACACACCUCAAUAUGCUCCUAGAAGAAAACAGGUUGUGUGGGAGCAACCAAGACAAGUUAAUAAGGUGGUGAAUAGUGAUAGGCAGCCUCCACAUAAUCAAUGUAGGCCAAAUGUUUUGCUUCCUUAUGCACAGGAUAUAGGUGAGGAAGAAAGUGAAGAUGAAUCUGAAUCUGAUAGCUGUGAAAGCACUGAUAUUUUGUCUGCUAAACUUUGUGGGUUAUUUCCUCGGUUUUGCAUAAAGAGUUCCUUGUGCCUUUUGAAUCCAGUACCAGGGGUGAAAAUGCAGGCUCAAUUCCCUGUUUCUUCAGUUCGUCGAGUGCGUGCUAAAUCUUCAUAUGCUAGCUCUUGCAGUGGGACUAGCACAGAGCAAGUUGAGGAUGUUGUAUCUGAGCAAAUAUUAACGCCUCCACUACAAACGUCUAAUGGCAAUAAAGGUAAGAUUGGAUUGAAAUGUAAAUCCAAUGAGGUUGUAGAGAAAAGUGAGUCUCCAAAACUUGAUCGAUCAUCUCUGUAUAGACAUCUACAAGAUGAUAACUCGUCACUCGACCAUAAUAAACAUUCCUUAUCCACAUUUCUUGAACAAAAUGGUCUUCUAGAUUCACCAGGGAAGGCAAAGAAUUCCAGGAAUAGUGGCUUUGAUAUCCAUAAAAGUGCGCGGACCAAUUUUCGAAAGUUGGCAAAUGAGAACAAUAUUUGGGAAGUUGGCUUUGGGAGUCCAGUGGUUGAGAAGACUCUUUACAUAGAUGCUGUACAUACAGUGAAAUCUACAAGUUCAAAUUCAAGUUCCUUGGAUAUGAAAGACUUGACUGAUUGCAGAGGGAAUGAUGUUGAGAUCCCUGAAAAAAGUAAUGACAUGGAAGACAACCCAUCAUUAGAUUCAUCACUUAAAGAUAUCAGGCACUCAAAUGUUGUGAAUCAAAAGGAAACAGCAAGACCUAAAAGUUUGGAGUCUGUUGAUUCCCAUUUCAGAUCCACUUUCGAUAAAAAAAUCGACAUGAAAAAUGGUUCCAAUCAGAUUGAUCUUAUUCAGGAUUCUAUUUCGCUGUUCUGUUCAAAAGUGACUGACCAAGAGAAUUUUGAUUCUCAGAGUCCACGGUCUGGGAAGCCAUGUUAUCAAGAGAAGUGUCUUAGCCUUGUUAAGGAUUCUGUCAUGUUUAAUAGCUCAAACGAAGCUAACAACAAGAUUGAUUUUAAAAUCCAAGAACACUUCAGAUUGAAUGAUCAAAAUGACUUUCACGGUCAUUUUCAGAAUCCUAUUACAAUGACAAGGUCAGAAAAGGCUCAUGGUAGGAAAUUUAAUUCAGAAAGACAAUGGCUGAUGAAAUCGGGUACCAAGGAGGAUUCCCUAGCCCUUGUUCCAAGUUCUACAUCAAAAGCAAGCAAAACUGAAGUAAUUGAUUUGGAAAUUCAAAGACUUGUGAAUGUAGGUAAUCAAGAGAGUUCUAAUGGCAGCUCUUUGCAAAUGUCACUUGCAUUACCAUUGCCAAAAUCGCCAUCAGAGUCUUGGCUAAAGCGUACCUUGCCUACCAUUUCCUCAAAGAAUUCAUAUUCACUGUCUUCACUUGAUGCACACAUUUGCAGUAGCAGUCCAAAAAGAUCAUACUUAGAUCCAAAGUGGGAGACAAUUGUUAAAACUACUAACCUACAACACGGGCAUCUGAGAUUUUCGCAGGAAAAUCUCUUCCCCAUCCCAGAAGCUUGAAAAUCUGGAAUCCUUAUACUGCAGUCUGCGUAAAAAAAUAGAAGCUUGGUGAAAGCAUUCAAAGCUUAAACGGGGUUAAAGAAGCAAAAGUACGUCUUUUGCUUUGACUUUCAUAAACUUUAAUACUUCAGCUUGUUGUACAGUAAAUAUAAUAAUUAUUAUUAGCUGUAAAUCUUAUCUAUUUGUCAAGUUGUGAUUAUAUUGUAAAUCUCACCAAUUUUGUGAACUCAAAGCAUUCUCCAAGUGCAUUUUCUUUUGUAAUAAGAAGAAAUAAAUGAUGCCUUUUGCGUUGUU